AUGUUUUUCAAGUCUAAACUUCCUGAUAUUAAAAUUCCAGAAGAAGGGAUAUAUCAAUUCAUAACAAGUAACCCAAAGGGAAUUCCAGAUGACAAAGUCUGUUAUAUCGAUGGAAUUACUAAUGAAUAUUAUACAUUUGGCAAGUUUAAAA